AUGCUGCUAGCGGCACUUAUUAAUGGCCGUUGGCUGCGCUUCCUUCCCUUUUCUCACCAUCACCCUCCCCUCUUCCCUUUCCCUUCCCCCCCGCCCCCCCCCCGCCCCCCCUCCUCCCCUCCUCCCCCCCCCUCCACCCCACCUCCUCCCCCUCCCACCUCCCCCCCCCCCUCCCUCCACGUGCAGAUUAGCAAAGCGGCGGCUCUAGCGCCAGGCAGUCGCCAGCUGGCUGCGUCCUUCGCCCGUUCACCUGCCACUACGCGCACUCGGCGGUCGCUGCGGGUGCGCGCGGAGGCGAAGGAUAUUCUGUUCGACCAGGCGGCGCGGUCCGCGAUGCAGUCCGGCAUCGACAAGCUCGCGGACGCCGUGGGCGUCACGCUCGGCCCGCGAGGUGGCGUCGCGCACGAACGACUCGGCGGGCGACGGCACGACGACGGCGAGCGUGUUGGGCGCGCGCUGAUCAACCUGGGGCUGCUCAACGUUACGGCGGGCGCCAACCCCGUGGCGCUCAAGAAGGGCAUUGACAAGACCGUUGCGCACCUCGUCGAGUCGCUCAAGGACCGCGCGCGCCCCGUCAAGGGCCGCGACGAUAUUAAGGGUGCCUCUCACGCGCCGUGCGUGUGGCAGUCUGCGAGACUCGCCGCUCUCGAAGCAUCCCAAUCUCACUUCAUCUCUCGCUCCCCUCCCUCCCUGUUCCCCACCUUCACCCAUGUGUCACCGUGCGCGUGCCGUACCCUCCCCCUUGGGCGAGCAGCGGUGGCGACGAUCAGCGCGGGCAACGACGACGAGAUCGGCGAGAUGAUAGCGGACGCCGUGGACAAGGUGGGCGCGGACGGCGUGCUCUCCAUCGAAAGCUCCUCGUCCUUCGAAACCACCGUCGACGUCGAGGAAGGCAUGGCGGUGAGUUGCGCUUCUUCCCCGUCCGCUUGCUUCUUGCCCGUGUGCCCGCUCCGCGGUUCCUACUUAGCACAUUCGCUCCCCACGGGUCCCACCUUCCGGCCGCUUCACAUGCCGUCCUACUCACUCAUCCCCCUUCGCCCGGUUUGCUCCCCAACUCCUCCGCGCCCUUCCCUCUCCCCGGGUGCGCAGAUCGACCGCGGUUACAUUUCGCCACAGUUCGCGACGAACACGGAGAAGAUGCUCGUCGAGUUCGACAACGCGCGCGUGCUCGUCACGGACCAGAAGAUCACGGCGAUCAAGGACAUCAUCCCGGUGCUGGAGCGCACGUCGCAGCUGUCGGCGCCGCUGCUGAUCAUCGCGGAGGACGUGUCGGGCGAGGCGCUGGCGACGCUGGUGGUGAACAAGCUGCGCGCCGUGCUGCAGGUCGCCGCCAUCAAGGCGCCCGGCUUUGGCGAGCGCCGCAAGGCGCUGCUGCAGGACAUCGCCAUCGUCACAGGGGCGGAGUUCAUGGCGUCUGAUCUGGGGCUCAAGGUGGAGGGAGCGACGGCGGACCAGCUGGGAGUGGCGAGGAAGGUGACCAUCAGCAGCAGCAGCACCACGCUCAUCGCGGACAGCGCCACCAAGGACGAGAUUGCAGCGCGUGUGGCGCAGAUCAAGCGCGAGCUGCAGGAGACGGACAGCGUCUACGACACCGAGAAGCUCUCGGAGCGCAUUGCCAAGCUCGCUGGGGGCGUGGCUGUCAUCAAGGUGGGGGCGGCAACGGAGACGGAGAUUGGAGGACCGCAAGCUACGCAUCGAGGACGCCAAGAACGCCACGUUCGCCGCCAUCGAGGAGGGCAUCGUGGCCGGGCGGCGGUGCCACCAUGGUGGCACCUGGCAGCGCUCGUGCCCGCCUUCAAGGCCCAGCUCACUGACGCGGAGGAGCGCAUCGGCGCCGACAUCGUGGAGCGCGCACUGCUGGCGCCGUGCUCGCUGAUUGCCCACAACGCGGGUGUGGAGGGGCGCGGGUGGUGGUGGAGCGCGUGCGGGAGAGCGAGUGGGAGAUGGGGUACAACGCCAUGGCCGACCAGUACGAAGACCUCCUCGCCUCCGGUCCGUGCUCCUCUCCUGCUCACCCCUUACCCCGCGCCACUCCCUGCUCGUUGCUGUGCCACUAGGAGCUUGCCCCAUGCCGCUCCGUGCUUGUUAGCUCUGUUGUGUUGUGUUCUCUGCACUUCCAUGAGCACCUGCGCUGCUCGUCACUCAUCUGCUCUCCACACUCCCUCCCCUCCCGUGCGUGCAGGAGUGAUCGACCCCCGCCAAGGUGACGCGGUGUGGCGCUGCAGAACCGCGGCAUCAGUAGCGGGCAUGGUGCUGACGACGCAGGCCAUCGUGGUGGAGAAGCCCAAGAACAGCAGCGGCACUGCCAACACCCCCUACUCGCCACAAGUGCCCCUCACGCUCUAG